AUGACCAACGCGAACGUAUCAACGGACCCGACUUUCCUAGCGGACGAGACACUGCACGAAGCAUAUGAGCUCGAGAUUGCCGAUAAGAACGGCAAGCCAGUGCGAUUCGGUGAGCUCGUUGCUGGAAAAGGAGAUUCUGUGACUACUAUUGUCAUUUUUAUCCGCCACUUCUUUUGCAUGUACGACCAAGACUAUGUCCGCACUUUAUCUGGUAAGAUUACACAAAGGCUGCUCGACACUAUCCCGCACCACGCCAAACCAGCCCAGGUCAUCAUCAUCGGUUGCGGUGACCAUACGUUAAUCGGCCCAUACAUCGAGGAGACUGCCGAUAUGUUCCCUCUAUACUCUGACCCCUCGGCGAAGAUAUACGAGACAUUGGAAAUGAAACGGACUUGGACCGGGUUCACUGAGCCGCCACCAUACUCGAGCUUAUCUUUUCCUAGUGCCUUCUUCAGAGAUAUGAAACAGAGAUGGAAAAAGGGGUGGAGCGCAUUGAUGGGUGGUCCUACCAAUUAG